AUGUUCUUGGAGUCCGGAAACCUCGUGUCAACGAUGCUCUACGCUGUGGAGGCCUUUCAACGGGCCACGCUCGUGGACUUUUCGGUGGCAUGCGGCUCCGCCGUUCUGAUGCCGCUAACAAGCGCUCACUGCCCAAGCACGAGCGAGAUCCUUCAAUUGCCACUCUGCGAUUCGACGCUGAGUUUGAACACUCUGUGCGAAGCAGAUGCCGAGGUGCUCACUGACAACUGUCAGGUGUUCAGCCCGCUGGACAACUGUAAACACUACGACGUCUACCGGAAGGAAGAGCCAGCCUGUGAAGCGAUUGGCUGUGCAGCGCUCUCCUACUUCUUGUGGAUGUCAGCUCUGAUAUGCUUCGGGGCUACGGUGGGAUGGACCAUAGUGUUCUACGCUCGUUGCCUGUGGCAGCGACAACCACAGAAAGCCUGGCACCUGCAGCAGCGUUUCGUUGUAUUCUUCAUCUUCCUCGGCUGCUUGAUUCUGGCAGCAUUACUUUCUGGUUUGAUGGCUGGCAACGCUGCGGUCCUCGCCAUGGCCUGCCUCUGCCCUCUAAUGCCGAUCUCGGCCUGGGCCUUGGUUCAGGGGAUCGCUUUCUUGCCGGUGACGGGAGAGGAGGCUCCGUCUGUGCUCAACACCUCAUGCUUCGGGUCUGUCUGA